AUGGGUUACGUAAUUAUGACGCUUUCGAACGCGAGGAUCUCAGAAAGGAGAACUGGAAUUAUAUAUAUAUAUGGAUGCAUCUCUCUGCAUAUUCCACUUUUUUUCCUCUUUCGUUUGCUAAAUAAGGCGGCCAUACUCACUCAUAACCCCUCCCUAUUUUUCCUUUUUUUGUUUUUAUAUAGGAAGAACUCUACAGCUCGAACAAUACAUCAAAUCAAUCAAGCAGUCGCUCCUGUUCUAUUGUGUGUUCCUCACCGCCUCUACAUACCUCCCCUCAGUUCCCAGCCUAUAACUUUGUGGUUCUCUUCUUCUUUUUCAACUUCUUCUUCUUGA